GCCCCCGCUAAACACAUAACGCGUCCAUGUUUCACGGGGGAAUGUCGGGCCAGCUCGUCGCCCACAAGUGUUAGCGCGGCCGACGUCCACGUCGUCCACCUCCAUGUUCUGGGCGAGAGUACCCCCUUCGACGGGCUUCCGAGGAGCGUUUCUCCGGCCGCACAUUAGUCACGUACGCUCGGUUAGCUUCGACGGCUAACCCCGCUAGUUGUCAACUUCAACAUCGUUCGUUUUUUUUUUCUCUUUUUACACAAAAAAGAAGUGUUUGCAAUUUUUGCACGGAGCUCUAAAUGACCGUCGGUAUCCGGCUGGCUCCCCCCCGCUGCCACAACGCUUCGCCCCGGACUGUCUGCUCUUUGUGGGCUACCUGAUCCCCCUCGUCCGAAGCAGCUAGCUCGCCGCAGCUAGCCUAAAAAAAAAAGCAAAAACACCGCUGGAGUCCAAAAAGGGGGAAGAAAUGGACCACAUGUCUAUAAUAACGCAGGUUUCCAACCCCAAGGAGGAGGAAAUUAUAUCCUUCAACCAGGAAAAAGCGUCGCAGUCCAACAGCAGCCUAAAGAAGCAGAGGAGCCGGAGCAUCUUCAGCACAUUCUUCUGCUGCUUCCGCAACUACAAUGUGGAGCCCCCAGCCACUAACAGCAGCACCGCGCCCUUGCCUCCACCUGUGGAGGAGAACGGCUCACCCCCCAAGUGUGACCAGGUCGAAGUCCUCCCUGUCCCUAGUCCACCAGCCAAGUACCUUCUGCCGGAGAUGAAAAUAUCGGACUACGGUAAAAAGUGCGUCGUGAUCGACUUGGACGAGACACUCGUGCACAGCUCAUUCAAGCCAAUCAGCAAUGCAGACUUUAUUGUUCCAGUGGAGAUUGACGGCACAGUUCAUCAGGUGUAUGUUCUAAAACGACCCCACGUGGAUGAGUUCCUUCAAAAGAUGGGCGAGCUGUUCGAGUGUGUGCUCUUCACCGCCAGUCUUGCAAAGUACGCAGACCCCGUGGCAGACCUGCUGGACCAGUGGGGCGUGUUCCGAGCGCGACUCUUCCGAGAGUCCUGCGUGUUCCACAGAGGGAACUACGUGAAGGACUUGAGCCGGCUGGGGCGAGAGCUCAGCAACGUCAUCAUUGUCGACAACUCGCCCGCCUCCUACAUUUUUCACCCGGAAAAUGCCGUCCCGGUCCAGUCCUGGUUCGACGACAUAAACGACAACGAGCUCCUGGACCUGCUGCCGUUCUUCGAAGGUCUCAGCAAAGAGGAGGAGGUCUACGGAGUCCUGCAGAAUCUGAGGAGCAGGUAGCAGGACUCGCCCGAGGCUCCGCCCACCCUCUCGCUCUACCCAGGACAGGUGUGUCAGACUGAGGCCCGGAGGACCAAGGUCCUGAGAGGUACGUGUUGACCAACACACCUGCAGUGACACUAAGAGGAAAAAACUCUGGUCUUUAUUUUCAAAAGUUUUACUAUUCGGUGAAGCGCUUCAAACCAAAAAAAAACAACAAAAAAAGGAACUUUUUUUUUAGUCCCAAGAAGAUGAGAGUUGCUAUGCAGGAAGUUUGUGGCGCUGGAAGGACUUUUUCUUACCGAGUGAAGUGCCUUGUGUGCGUCUUGUUUCUAUGGGGACGUCUUUUUCAGGCGGACACAGAAGAACCUUCUUUCUUUUUCUUUUUAAUCCUCAAACGUCUCCUCGGUGUUUUGUUUCCUGCUGUGACAUCAUUUCCUGCUUCCUUCCUACCAAACACCUCCUUGUGCCAUUUGGAUUCUGUUAGUUGCCAAACAGCGUUCUCCACUUUCUUGCUUUUGCAACGUCAGCAUUUUUUUUUUUUUUUGGUGGAGCGAAACCUGCACGUUUUUUUUUUUGCAAAAGAGUGCCAUGUUUUGUCUUUUUUUUGCUCAUGACUUCUUCUUCCUGUUGUGUGUGUGUGAUGUUUACCUCCCCCUGGAACUGCUGGUCACCUUUAGUGCCUGUUUGAAAGGAGCCAAUUGUUGCCAUGGCAAUAAGAUUCUUCUUCUUCUUUGGUUACAUGUGUGCGUGUGCGUGUGCGUGUGUGUGUGUGCGUGGAGCACUUUGCAAAAUGUUCCGUUCAAAAGUUUAGUACCGGCUGCAGAACCUGCCUUACCUUGUAGACCCAAGGCAGGGUUUGACCCAUGUGGACUACGGUGGUACCUCGGUUUCUCAAAAAGGGCAAAAAUCUUCAGAAAUAUUUGUCAUUUUUUAGUCCACUUUUAGGUGAACUAAAAAACAUUCUAGUUUUUUUAAACACACAAAAGUAUGUGGAAUAGCGUAAAUUCCGGACUAUAAGCCGCUACUUUUUCCCUCCACUUUGAUGAUAAUAAAGCAGCUCAUUUAUGAUGCUUAUAGCUUUAUAUAUAUUAAAAAAAAUAAAAAAAACACUGAAAAGUUAUUAAAGUUAAAGUAGCAAUGAUUGUCAAACUCACACUAGAUGUGGUGAAAUUAUCCUCUGUAUUUGACCCACCCCUGGGAGGUGAGGGGAGCAGUGAGCAGCAGCAGUGGCCACGCCCGGGAAUAAUUUUUGAUGAUUUAAGCCCCAAUUCCAACCCUUGAUGCUGAGUUUGUGCUAUGGCGCUAUCUUUUCGUUGAGUUGGCUAAAUACGCUUGCAUUUAGAGCUUUCAACCGGAAGUAGAAGCGCCGUUCCAGCCUCGUAGCCGUCCAUAGCGGAUCUACUCGUACAGAUUCUUCGUUCAUUACGCCGAGUAACAUUUGUACGUUUUACAAUAUAACUAAAACUAUUCAUACUCACUAAACCGUCCCGUUUCAUGCAUAUUUGUACGUGCUAUUGUAAUGUAAUCACGCUGGCAUUGUUGGCACAGUACUUAUACUAACUCAUGUUGGUGAGUAACAUGACAUAAAAUACUUAUAAAAGUACUUAUGCUAAUAUUUGUGUAGUGGAGGAACUCAUGUUGGUGAGUAACAUGACAUAAAAUAUUUAUAAAAGUACUUAUACUAAUAUUUGUGUAGUGAAGGAACUCAUGUUGGUGAGUAACCUGACAUAAAAUAUUUAUAAAAGUACUUAUAUUAAUAUUUGUGUAGUGAAGGAACUCAUGUUGGUGAGUAACAUGACAUCAAAUAUUUAUAAAAGU